UUAAUGAACUGCCUAACAUAAAUUGUAUGUUUCUUACUAUGUUUUGUAAGAAUUCCAAGAAAGAAACUUUUUAAAGUAUCUUGUGUUUGCUAGGCUAAGGUAGGUCUAUUAUUUUGAGGUUUGAGGUGUUUCUUUUAAAUAUCCCCACAGUCAGUUUGGGAGUAAAGCAAAAACCAUGGGAGAUGAAAAUCAUGAGAGUUGGAGAUCGAAUUUUUAGUUUUAGCAAUUAUGCUUUCAAUUGCAAGUCAUCUGCCCUUCUAUAAUGUGUCAAAAAUGGGCAAGAAGAAUUAAACUGUGAAGUGUGUAGCUUACACCUUCCCACAUGAGACUUUAUGUGAAAUACCAGAUGGUGAAGAAAGGCAGGAAUUUCUGGUUGUCUCUCUUAGACCCACCAUUACAGAUGAAGUGAAGAGAAUGCAGCAGCAGCAUUUCCCCUCCCUUCCACCUCAUCUUCCCCUGCAGGCUGGGCUCCUCUGCCCACUUGAAGACCCUGACAGUUGUUUCUGGUGCAAAAUACGGAAUAUGUAGAAUUUUCUUACAGAAGGAUUUGCUUUGCUGUUUGAUCUUUGUGUACUGUCAAGCUUCUUCAGCAAGAAAGGAGAUUUAAUCCAUGAUAUAGAGAGUGGCCUACAAGCUCUAAGUAAUGUCCAGGUGUUAGAAAAACAAAUUACUUGUGGGUAAAAUUGCCUUCUUAAGCUUAUGAAGACAUACUUCCGUGAUCUCUGACCUAAGGGCAGGCUAACAAAGCCUGGGAAAAUGGGUGUACCACUGAUAGUGGACACAAAGAAUCUAGAAUUUAGAGGCUACAUGGACGUGUAACAAAAACCCCAAAAUAAGGAGCAAACAAAUAAAGCAAACUUAGCAAUUGUGUUGGAAUUGGCUCCAACUGGGUAACCGGUAUUUCUGGUUGGGGAAGAUUGCGGCUACCAACCCAAGAAACCCACUGAUCCCAAAGAAGAGGGCGGCUGAGCCUGUGGACUAAUUAGCACGGGAAGCAAGAAAAUCAUUAACCAGUAGAAGAGAGAAUGCUAAUUAAUUAGAGAACUAUGUUACUUGUAACCGAUGAACACUAAUCCUUUUGCUUCCUGGCAAAAAGCAAUAAUAGCAAAAUUAGCAAUAAUUAGCAAAAAGUUUUUAUAGUUGGGUACUUGAUUAGUGGAAUUGCACUGGGCAAUGCCCAGGCUUGCACAACUCUGGAAUCGAUAAUCUGUGUCCCCUCGAGUGUGUGUAGUUAUUGCCUCGUUGCGCACUAGGUAAUGAAUCCGACUUUUGUGGGCAGCGUUUCUGUGGUUGACAGCAUAGCAAUAGCAGGUAGGGCUGGACUUCCCUAAGUAGUUGCUUCUGCUCUACUUAUUCUCUUGGCAAAUCAACUUCUUCAUGGGUGACUUUUUUCUGAGAGACAAGAAGUGUGUUUUGUGGUGUAAACAGGAACUCCAUAAUUCUUAUUUUCUGCAGCAUUCUAAGUGUAAGCCACAUUGGUGUGGGAGUUGAAAAUGAGCAUUGCUUCAAGGAUCUGAAAUAAUUUUGCCUGGAGGUAAAUUGUGAAGUGCUUUCGUUGAAGCACUUGGAUGUUCUGCUGAGGUUCUUCUGCAUAUGCAGCAGACUACUGUCUGCAUCUCAUCCACAGGCACCAAGUUCUGCUAGACCUCUCCAGGUCUGAGAUCCCCUGCAACUCCCACCCCCAGCUAUGUUCAUUGUGUUAGUAAGGGAGGAAGAGCUGUCUCACUACAAGCAUUAUACAUCAAAAGGCUGGCAAAGAAUAUUUCACUUUACAGAGGAAGAAGUGCCUUUUGCCAUGGAAGCUGAGGAAACGAUGGAAUGUAUCCAGGAAUUCCCUGAGCACUAUAAAGUUAUUUUGGAUAGGCUGAAUGAACAACGUGAGCAGGACCAGUUUACAGAUAUCACUCUGAUCGUCGAUGGUCACCAUUUUAAAGCUCAUAAGGCAGUUCUUGCUGCCUGUAGCCAGUUCUUCCACAAAUUCUUCCAAGAUUUCACUCAGGAGCCUUUGGUGGAGAUUGAAGGUGUAAGUAACAUGGCAUUUCGUCACCUAAUUGAGUUCACCUAUACAGCAAAGCUAAUGGUACAAGGUGAGGAAGAAGCAAAUGAUGUUUGGAAAGCUGCAGAGUAUCUACAGAUGCUAGAAGCAAUCAAAGCACUUGAAAUCAGGAACAAAGAAAAUUCAUCACCCUUAGAAUCAAAUGAAGCACAAGGUAAAAAUAAACCGAAAAAGAGGAAGAUUGCUGAAACCUCUAAUGUUAUCACAGAAACACUGCCAUCUGCAGAAUCAGAGCCUGUUGAAAUUGAGGUUGAGAUUGCUGAAGGGACGAUGAAAGUGGAGGAUGACAGCAUUGAAACCCUUGAAGAAGUAGCUUCUGCAGAGCAAUCCAUAAAGUACAUACAGACAACAGGUACAUCAGAUGAAUCUGCUUUGGCUCUUUUGGCAGAUAUCACCAGCAAGUAUCGUCAGGGAGAGAGAAAAUGCCAGAUGCAAGAAGAAGGUGAUAGUGCAACUGACCCCUCGUGCAAACAGGUAGAAGGUAUUGAAAUUGUGGAACUUCAGCUGUCACACAUGAACAAUUUAUUCCACUGUGAGAAAUGUAACCGUUCAUUUAAAUUGUUUUACCAUUUUAAGGAACACAUGAAAACACACUCUACUGAGAAUUACAAAUGUGACAUAUGCAAUAAAAGAUACCUACGAGAGAGUGCUUUGAAACAGCACCUCACCUGUUACCACCUUGAUGAAGGUGGUGCCAGCAAGAAGCAAAGACCUGGCAAGAAAAUACAUGUAUGCCAGUACUGUGACAAGCAGUUUGACCAUUUUGGGCAUUUUAAAGAGCACCUUCGGAAGCACACAGGUGAAAAACCCUUUGAAUGUCCAAACUGCCAUGAACGUUUUGCUCGGAAUAGCACACUGAAAUGUCACCUGACAGCCUGUCAGUCUGGAGCUGGUGCUAAAAAGGGAAGAAAGAAGCUGUAUGAAUGUCAGGUUUGUAACAGCGUAUUUAACAGCUGGGAUCAGUUCAAAGACCACUUGGUAAUACACACUGGUGACAAACCCAACCACUGUACCUUAUGUGACCUGUGGUUUAUGCAAGGCAGUGAGCUGAGAAGGCAUCUCAAAGAAAUGCACAAUAUUUCAGAACUAUUAGUGACAGAAGAGGUUCUUCCAGUGGAAGCUAUGGAAGCUGAACCAGUAACGUCAAUGACUAUAAUAGAACAAGUUGAGCAAGUGCAUGUCCUACCAGUAAUUCAGGUACAAGUGGAUCCUGCACAGGUAACUGUGGAACAGAUGCACCAGGAUCUCAUACAGGACAAUCAAGUAAAAGGCACACAGAUGGAGGAACUGCAGGAACAGGUGCAGAUUAGUUACUUGGAAGUUGAACACAUUCAGACUGAACAAGGUGCUGAAGUUCAUGUGGAGCAGUUACAUGUCGAGCAUGUAAAUCAAAUACAGAUGGAAGAAGUACAGGCAGAACUUAUAGAUGGAACAGACCUUGAACAAGUAGAAUAUCGAAGUGUUGAUCAAGGAGAAGCAGAAGAAAAGGAUCAUAAUGAAGCAGAUGAUGCAGAUAAGGAACAUCAUGAGCAAGCUGAAGACUUAGAAACACAACAAUUAGUGGAUACACAAAAUGCAAAAGUGGAUGAGUAGGACACAUAAUGACACUGCAGUUUUAAGAAUUAAAUACCAAAUUAUUUUUGUUAACUUUUGCAUUGGUUUUUGAACCGUCACUGGUCACCUUUCCAAUAUGCUGUCCAUAUGGAGCUGGACAAGUGGACCAAAAUUAGCUUUCUUCAUGUACAAUUAAACUUCUCUCAUAUGUGAAAAAUACUUCCCCGUUCAUGUAGUGCCAUGAAACAGAAACUACCACAAGACAUGGACAACUUUGUGAGACUUUUAGCAAUGAACAACUUGUAUCAUUGUAUCAUCACACCAUUCCUGGGUUUAUGUAAAAAUAAUUUCACCUCUUUUCCUCUUGCAGUAGGGGCAAAGUCUUGUAUAAAUUGCAGGAUGUCUGUGGCAGGAGAGUCAGUAAAAUCUGAGGGGUUCUGCUGUAAGUGGCAAUUAACGCACCUGUGAAUUUUUGGAUCUUAACUUUCAGGCUGGGCUAAAAGCACUGUUGCUGGAGGUCUCUGAGCACAAAAGUCCUGUGCCUUUUCAACAAUGAGUGGUUAAAUUUCCACAAAGUUUCUAGAGUUUUUGAGAACUUAGUUGUGUGAAAGGCAGUGUAGGUAAUGUUAUAGUGCUUUAUAUUUUUGCUUGAAAUUGCUGGUUACUGAUUUUCUUUUUGCAUUAAAUUUAAAGGCGGGGGGCUGAGGGAGGGAACAGACUUCACUUGGAGGCAGCAGGACAUACUAAACGGGACACUUAAAAAUAGGAAGAGCUUGGUAUAGUCUGUGAUAAACAUGAUUUGGAAGAAAGCUACAAGCAGGCUCUUCUUUUAUAAAUAAUCAUUUUUGAAAAUGAAUAUGUUUUAACAUAAACAGAGACUUGUCUAUAUGGUAUCAGGUUCUUGGGUUUUUUUAAUUAAAUUCUGACACUUGACAAAAAGAUGUGCUAAACAUAAAAGUAAAAGCCAUAGGUAUGAGUGCUAAACUGUGGAUUGAAAAGUAGAAAUGUAAAUAGUUUAAUCAAUAUUAGAAAAUAAAACAAUACCAACCAUUAAAUGUUGCAUUAUUUGUUUCAUCCAAUAUAUUAGAAACAACUGAAUGACUGGCAAUUAAGUGCCAAGUUCCAGUGUUAAGGAUCAAUCUCAUUUUUAAUAUGAUUAGUAGCUUUUUAUUGUAAAGUUAGAAUCUUUUAGAAAAUGCUUGUUUGGUCAAGGAUGUUAAGAAUGUCUUAAUUACUGCUGGAGGUUAGAGGUGCUCCAAACUGCUGAAGAAACUUUUCUUUCAAAGCCUUAAAUUAAGGGAAGAAUUUUUGCAAGAACAGUCCCUACUGCUCUUGGUAAUACUUUAGAUCUUAGUUAAAAUCAGGCUUUUCUAUUCUAUCUUCAAAUGCUGAACUGUUUCCUGGUAUUUGUGCUUUUAUUUAGUUUCAUUCAAUAUUAUUGUGUUUCAUCAUAGCCUUUGAGCAACUGUUGCAAAAAAACAUGAAUUGCAAUUAAAAUUUCAAACAAUUUGAUUAAUGUAACUUGCAUUUUUUUAAUUAUGUUUUGUGUUUUCUGAGAUGCAAGUAAUCUGUGAUGAGAUUCUGUGUAGGGGAAAGGAUGUGGCCUGACACUGAUCAUGAGAGUAAAUUUUAGCUAUUAUAUUUAUACCUGGCUUCUGAUAAGCAGCUUGUCUUCUGAUAACUGGAGGGGACUGGCCUGUUUGGUUAGCUGCCGAGCCUCUAUACCUUUUAUGUAUAAAUGCAUAUAGACAAAGUCUGUCUCGGUGGAAUUAAAGUAACAAUCUGACUAUGCAUCUGA